AACGAUUAUAUUCAGUGUCAAAUCUUAAGGUGCCAACUCUCUGUUGCACAAGCCGAAACUUCUCGUUUAAAAACAGAGCUUUCCGUUGCAGAGUACAAAAUUUCUGGAUUAGAAUCCAAACUUUCUAUUGUGGAAUCUAACUAUCAAAUCAUCCUUCAUGAAAAUAACGAACUUCAUUCUAAGGCUAACGAAUUACAAUAUGAAAAUUACUAUCUCCAUUCUCAGGUUUUCCCUUCCUGA